GUCACAGCUCUCAGCCAAUGGAAUGACAGAGAGCGGUCAGAGAGGCGGGGCAUGACGCAUGUCGGGACUGUAUAACCAGCAGCUCAAUGUGAAAUCUGUGGAUGGUUCACCACUGAAACUGCACGAGGACACAGAACGCGAGAGCCUUUGAUCAACCAGACCUCACAAACACACGCAGCACAACAACUCGGUGAUCAUCAUGGCACUGGAUGGAUGUGGCCUCUUCUGCAAAUACACCCUCGUUAUCUUCAACAUCAUCUUUGCGGUGGUGGGGUUCAUCUUCCUGGGCCUCGGCUUGUGGCUGAGGUUCAGCGACAACACCCGACCCAUCUUCGAAGUGCAGGAACUCAACUCAAGUGCAUUUGUCAUUAUUGUGACGAUACUGAUAGCUCUGGGCGCAGUGAUGCUGAUUGUCGUGGUGUUCGGAGACUACGGCGCCUGCAACGAGAAGAGAUGUGCUCUGCAAGUGUUUUCGGCCCUUCUGUCCAUUCUAGCGUUAACUGAAGUUGUUGUUGGAGUGCUUGCCUACUCCAACAGGGAUGAGUUUGGCUCGACGAUCGCCGAGUUCUACACCAGUCUGUACGGUCUGUAUGUGACCAGCGGAGGAGACCCAUUCAUUGGUGCCGCUCUCACAUUCUUUCACAACACGCUUCACUGCUGUGGACUGACUGGAGUCAAGAUGGUUGAGGUGGUUCAAAAGACCUGUCCUGACCCAGCAGGGUUCAUUGAGCACUUCAAGAUGGACAGCUGUCCUGUGACCAUCGCAACGGUCUUAGACAGCAAAGCGUCACUGGUGAUGGGCCUCUUUGUUGGAACUGGAGCUCUUCUGUUCAUAGCUCUGAUUUGCAGCACAACUCUGAGCAAAAAGAUCCAUCAGGCCAACUCAUCACCUCAGUACAUCAUCCUGACUCACUCCACUCCGAACCUGGCCAAUCCUCAACCAUCGCAGGUUGACGGAUUUGUCUCCACCUCCUACCCCUACCCCUACCCCAACCAGGACCCGGUCGUCUUCACCCCUCUUCCUGUGGCCAACAUCCCUGUGGCUCAGUCUUAGUGCGCUCCUGCUGGUUUUCACUCUCACUUUCAUGCUGCUCUUGAUUUUAUUCCACGACGCACUGUCAUUUAGUUUUUAUCCAUUCUCUUCACAUGCUGAACAUUAGCUGCAUGGUCACUGCAGCGUGUCUUCAGCUCCCUUUAAAAGGAAAAAUCCACCCUAAAACCUACAGCGCUAUCACAACACCACCAUAUCUACUGGAGCCGUUGUUUUUGAAGUAAUUACAUAUAUUCACACAGAUUUUCGGCCAUGUUUGUAACAGCUUCUCCCCCAUUAGCUGGAAAGCAAUGUUUGUUUUUGAUUUCCCACCAGUGAAGAAAGCAGCUUUCUUGCAGCCUAAUUUAUUUUAAUAUUUAAAGAAAUACUUCACCCUCAAAUGAUCAUUUGUGUAUCAAUUACCCAUCCCGUGUUUUGUCAAAUUUGUGAAAAGGAUUGGUUUCUUGCAUGCUUCCUGUGAACGAAUAAUCAAAACAUUGUGUCCAAAUAUCCAUUUACAAACUCCGAAAACUCAUGUAGCAUAAUCGAAGUCUCAUUUAUCCAGUUGUAUGCUCAGUACUCCCCAAACAGACGGAGCUUUCUGACCGGAAACUGCAUUGAAAGUUUAAUUCAUCUAUGCUCUCGUCUCAGCCAGACUCCAUUGACAAAACAGUAAUUUUACACAGCUGAACACAGGAGCUGCUGAUCAACCACCGCACUGAUCAGUUAGUUUGUUUGUGUUAUUGUGUGACUUUGGUAAAUUUCAACUAACACCAAAGUCACACAAUAACACAAACAAACUAAGUGAAAGAGGCAGCAGUAGACCAGCAGCUCUUGUGUUCGGUGAUGUACAAAUACAGUUUUUGUCAAUGGACUCUGGGUAUGAAGAGAGCACUUUCAGGUCAGUCCCCUGACAAAAAGAGCUGUCUGCUUGGGAAGUACUGAGCAUAGACUGUAAAAAUGUAGUCUCGCUCACCAGACCUUUCUCAAGAAAAGAAAGGUCUGGCUGGGCUGACUCUCACUUUAAGACUGGAGAAAAAAAAACACCCCGACUGCUUGUAUUUCUUUCAACCAAUCACAAUCGUUCUGGGCGGUGCCACAGCAAUGGUGCGCUUGCAAAAAUAUUGCCGGGGGGAAACAGGUUUUGGUGUAACACGCCCACAAAAAUAUCGCCCAUACAGGACGCGAACCAUGGCAGAAAAAAGGCUACAUCCCCGCAAGAUCAAACACCGCAAAAGUUAGUAAAGGACGUGUUGAAAACUGCUACACAACCGGAGGUGGUAUGGCGGGACUUCAGCGGGUGGCUCGUUCCACCCAAUGAGAGGCUGAUCUUUGCAGUGAACUUCCGCCCACUCAGACUAGUAAAAAUGAGACCUGGAUCACACUGCACGAGUCGUGUGACAGUUUCAAACAGAUGUUUUGAUAUAGUUUUGCUGCUGUGAAAAUGUGGACCCCUUUGACUUCAAUUCCAUCAAGAGUUUUCAGUUUUUGGAUUCGUCUUUCACAGUGGAGUGAGGUUGCAACAGUGUGAGAACGGUGUGAGAAUUUUUCAGUAUGAGUCUCAGAAAAUAUUGCGGUUUCUAAAUAUCAUAUUACUGUAAUUGAAACCUGACACAUUUUUUUUUAAUGUAAUUGUGUGUGAAAAGCCUCCCUUUUCAAAAUAACUAAAGGUGAGAUUCUCAGUCCUCUUGCAUUUUUUCAAUACUGUAGAUAAGCCAAUGUAUACUAUAUGGUAAUUGUCAAAUUUCAUACUACUGUAUACAGUGGAAUUUGUAUACCGCUGCAACCCUAUCAUGCCGGCAUUCAAAUUCAACGUAACAUGAGGUGUUAGUGAAGAUUCUCAGUCAUCCAGGUCAUGGAAAUCAUAAGUGCUGUAUUGUAGGCAGCUGGACUUAACUGAGAUUCUUGAAGACAUUUCGCCUCUCAUCCAAGAGGCUUCUUCAGUUCUAACGAUGCCACACCAAAGGCACGAAAUGUCCUCAAGAAACUCAAGCAAGUCCAGUUGCCUAUGAUACAGCACUUACAGAUAACAUGAGGUGAUGCAUUGAUAUACAAAUAGUCAUUUGGAGGGUGGCAUGGUAAUGAGGUAUCCUAGAAAUCUAGACCCAAAUCUAGAAAGACUUAGGGUCUGGCUAUGAGUAAUGCAAAUGGCCCAACUUGAGGGGCGGCACCAAGCAUGCAUUUGAAAAUAUCACUGCAGCAAUUGGAUAACACUACGACCAAUCAGAACAAUACACGGGGUGACGUAUCCAGAGCUUAGCUACCAACGGAGCUAACUGGUAGAUUAGACUCUUGCCAUAUCCGGUCAGCAAAACAGCAAAAACAUCCUUCUUGCAAAGGAAAGAUUCGAGCGCCGUCUUCUGUUCCUCUUUUAGAGAAAAAGCCAAGUCUAACUCGUUCAUUGUAGCGGCCAAAGCCGUUUCAAACAGCUGGUGUUCAUCCGUAGCCAUCUUGCAAUGUUUACUGACUGAUUCCGGACUUCGCCGUUGCAGCGCUGUCGUCAUCUGUUUAGCUCGCCUCUGGCCCGCCUAUAUCAGAUACACCGAUGUGAUUGGUGCAGCUCGGCUCCAACGGCAUGGGUAAUGAGCAUCAUUACUGAUUGCCAGAGUGACUCGCUGAGCAAAUUCAAAUUGUGCUCUCGCGAGAACUCUGGAUUUCCAGGGUAGUAAUGCAGUGCAAAUAAAUGAAUGAAUGGUCAUUUGGAGGGUGAAGUAUUCCUUAAAUCUGUAUAUCUACAGUUAAAGACUUCAUAUUCAGGGUUGGAUUUUUCCUUCAACUUGUUCCUCAUUAACCAUUUUGCCUUUUUAGUUCCACACGAGUUUCUUUGUGUAGCUGCAUGCAAAUUGGUAGCGUGGGCUGGUAUCUGUCUCACACUAACUCAUCCUGUGGCUGGUUUGAUCCUGGAGGUGAUGAAGGAGCAGAAAGCACGUUGGUCACCACACCGCUCUUUGUUGCAUCUCUGCACUUUACUUCCCCUCCUCCCUCUGUGUCUGCACGACAGAUUGUUGCCCUGGUCUGCGCCAGUGUCCUCCUGAAACAGACCAAGAGAGAGCAGCGGGAGACGACUGCAUACUAUUCCGCCGUGUACUAACAAGAGAACCCGGGUUUCAACCCUUAACCUCCCCCGACUCAUCAACGGAGACCAUCGCUGGAAUUCAAGCUCAACCAGUGAAUAAAUGUGUACGGAUUUCUCUCUCUAUGUGAGCUACUGAUCACACCGACUUUAGAGCUGAGCUAGACUUUUAUAUUGUAUCCCAAAACAUCACACUGUGAUUAUAAUUUCAUUCAUUGUGAGCAGGAAAAAGACCUGCUUUGUUCAGAGCUGCUGACAACCAUCAAUAUUUGAUUUUAUAUUUUUAAAUAACCACGCAGUAACUCUUGGUGAAAUGGAUGUUGCUUAUAAUUAGCUAUCAUUCAUCGAGCUGGAAACUGUCACCGCUCGACAGCAGGCGCGUCGCAGCCUGACAGGCCUCUACAUCAUUGCAUAUGAUAAGUAAUCUGAAGAUGAAAACACAUCCGUUCGAUACCAAACUCAUGAGGAUGAGAGUGAGAGACUUUUUGUUUAAACUUCUACACGUCUGUUACACAUUUCAGCGGUUCUGUUAAUAAGCACCUUAAUGACACUGCUGCUGAUGUGUCGUGCCUUUGUCUGUUGAGUUAAAGACUCACUGAGCCAUCAGCAAAUAUCUCUGUGUUAGAAAUGUGUGUAUAAAUGCACAAGGGAUCAUUUUCUUUCAAAUCUACUUCAAGUGUUCAUUUCAGGCUACGUUAAACGAUAGGGUUUACCACUUGAAACAGUAGCAUCGUCACACCAGCUAUUUAGGAUGUCAGGACAGUUAGCUUCACUUUCUUGCCAUUUCUCUUUAAUUCUUUAGAGGUGUAAUGAUAUAUUAGUACAAGUAAUGUAUCUGUUACCGUAACUUUGCAUUCCUUUUUAUUUUUUUUAUUCAUGAUUAUACGUCCAGAGGACAUUCUUGGGUGUGACAGAAAUAUUCUGCAGGCUCUCCACAGGCAGCAGGUACUGUUUGAAGCUGUUAAACUGACUGUACAAACAUUGCCAAGCGGCAUGCUUCAGAGCUGUGACUCAUUAAAGUGCUGCCUUCCUGUUAAUGCUGGUUUGACACAAAAGGGAAACACAUUGCCAUUAACGGUCAUUUCUGUUAAACGUUUUCAUUCCCUCAUGUUCCUGCCAAAAGCUUGUGACCAAAUAGUUGUACGAUAAAUCCUCUAUUUAGAGAGGAUUGCUUGUUUUCUUUCUCUGUACCUUGUAGUACUAACUGUUGCAUUGCACUGUUUUGUUUUUAAAUAAAUAUUUUAUGGAGGGUUUCUCCCUGUUCUUCAGAGA